UCGUAGGGAUUAAUAAAUUCGCCUAGGUAAUCAUGAUGGCUUGACGGAAUGUAAUACUUAUUACCUACAGGUACUCUUCCUUUUUUAUUUUUUUAAUCUUGUUUAUCUUAUAACAGGAGGAUAGGUAUACUUACCUCUUACUUACCUACCUGGUAUAUAUGGUAUAUAUCCGUUUCUGCUUCCCAUCAGACGUUAUAAAUCCACAUCAUAUUAUAAUUACCCCCUAGGUCAAUUAUCGAAAACCUAGAAUUUCGACAUAGGAUGCUUAAUACCACCAGGACGAAUUUAACCAUCCUAUUGCUUACCUCUCACUUUUAAGGUACCCCCUUCCGACUGGGUCGCGCGUCAUACAUGUGCAUGUGAAAAAUAUCCGACAACACGUGCGUUUACCUAGGUAGCUACAGGUAGGUAGUUACCAUUACUCGACAAUUACCUAAAGGUAUCGAAACAACCAUUGACCCGUUUAGGCCAGGGUCUUCCGGAUUGGUCGUCGCGAUGGAGAGGCUUUAUGACUCCAGGAUCAGCAGUUGGGUAGAAAAGAUCGCUGUGGAUAACGAAGAUGGCCUCACAGUUGCCCAGUUGAUGUUAACAAACAAGGAUCUCAAACCUGUUGAGCCCGCUCGUCGCCAAUGGGGAGCAUGGAACUUCGUUGGAUUUUGGAUUGCCGAUUCCUUCAACAUCAACACAUGGAUGAUUAGCUCGUCCAUGAUCGUAGGCGGACUCUCGUGGUGGCAAUCGUGGCUGUGUGUAUGGAUCGGAUACGCGAUCGCUGGAUGCUUCGUCUGCAUGACCGGUCGCAUCGGAGCUAUGUACCACGUCGGUUUCCCCGUGGUGAACCGAUCGAGCUUUGGGAUUUGGGGCUGCCUCUGGCCCGUAUUCAAUCGCGCCGCCAUGGCAUGUAUUUGGUACGGCGUACAGUCGUAUAUUGGUGGACACUGCGUAUAUCUCAUGAUACGAUCCAUCUGGCUGAGCUGGGACCGCAAAACUAUCCCGAACUCGUUCCCGGAGGGCUCAGGGACUACAACUGCAGAUUACGUCUCCUUUUUCCUCUUCUGGCUUUUGUCGCUACCAGCGAUCUGGUUCCCCGUGCAUAAGAUUCGACAUCUAUUUACCGUAAAGGCUUAUUUCGUCCCCUGCGCCGGAAUCGCCUUCUUGAUCUGGGCUCUCGUCCGUGCAGGCGGUCCAGGCCCUAUUGUUCGACAAAAGGCAAGUGUCGAAGGUGCCGACCUUGCUUGGCAGUUUAUUAAGGGCGUCAUGUCUUCCAUUGCCAACUUCGCAACACUUAUUGUAAAUGACCCAGACUUUUCUCGUUUCUCAACCAAGCCUCGUGAUGCGCUUUGGUCGCAGCUUUUUACAAUUCCUAUUGGUUUCGCCAUCACCUCCUUAAUCGGCAUAUUGGUCUCAUCUAGCUCGCUUAUCAUCUAUCCUGGCAGCGAACCGAUCUGGGAUCCCCUUGACCUCCUGGAAAGAUUUCUCGACGAUGCUAGUUCUGGCCAACGUUUCGGUAUUUUUAUUAUUUCGCUCGCCUUUGCCCUAGCUCAGUUAGGCACGAAUAUCGCAGCGAACUCGGUUUCGGCGGGGACUGAUAUGACGGCACUGCUUCCACGAUUUAUCAACAUUCGCCGGGGUGGCUAUAUCUGUGCCGCCGUCGGCUUAGCCAUGUGCCCUUAUACCUUAUUGACGUCAAGCAAUCAAUUUACGACUUAUCUUUCGUCUUACUCGGUCUUUCUGAGCUCAAUAGCGGGCGUGAUGUGCAGCGAUUAUUACCUGGUCCGACGAGGUUAUCUCGAAAUCAGGGAACUUUACGACGCUCGCAAGACGGGACCAUACUUCUUUACUUACGGCUUUCAUUGGAGGGCUUAUGCGGCGUAUAUCAGCGGUAUUCUUAUCAACGUGGUGGGAUUUGCCGGGGCGGUGAACGGCGGCAAUGUUCCUAUAGGGGCAACCUACAUCUACAAUUUCAAUUUCUUCUGCGGAUUUAUUGUGUCAGGGGGCAUGUACUGGGCAUUAUGCAAGUUGUUCCCCGUACCAGCCUGCAGCGAUACGUGGAUGGAAGUGGGCGACCAGAUUGAUGAGGUCAGACUUGCCUACGACCAUAAUAGCAGUCAGCAAGAAGAAUUUGACGAGGAGGCAGAUGUUGGUAAUAAGUAUGAUAAGAGCCAUCAAAAAAUGGUAUGAUGGUAGGGAUAUUUUAAAUGGUUUAUGAUGGGAAGCGUUGGUUUUUGAAUAUUUAAUAAUACCUACCUCUUUGCCUAAGGUAUUGAGGUAGGUAAGAGGUAUAAAAGGUGUUGGGGAUAAGUUAGCAAUAUACAAGCGGUAGAUAACUGCUUCAUUCGAAAUGACAUUUUCUUCUUCUUCUUUUUUUUCUUUUUCUUUAGGUACUUCACAUGAUAUUUCAAGGGCUCAUGUGCAAGCGUGCAGAAGUGUAGAAGUG